UCCCGGAAGCGGCGAGCGACGGACAGCGCCGAGGGUCAAAAACUCUGCGGGCAGGAAGGUGUGUGGUGCUGUGGGGUCGACAUGGAGGAUGAUGCGCCCGUGAUUUAUGGGCUGGAGUUUCAGGCACGGGCUUUAACGCCUCAGACAGCAGAAACGGAUGCAAUAAGAUUUUUGGUUGGAACACAGUCUCUCAGAUAUGAUAAUCAGAUUCACAUCAUAGACUUUGAUGAUGAAAAUAACAUUAUAAACAAAAAUGUUCUCCUUCAUCAAGUGGGUGAAAUUUGGCACAUUAGUACCAGUCCUGCAGAUAAAGGUGUACUAGCAACUUGCUACAAUAAAACUUCAGACAGUAAAGUCAUGACAUGUGCUGCUGUUUGGAGGAUGCCGAAGGAAUUGGAAUCAGGCAGUCAUGAAUCCCCUGAUGAUUCAUCAAGCAAUGCUCAAACCCUGGAGCUACUCUGUCACCUUGACAACACAGCCCAUGGCAAUAUGGCCUGUGUUAUGUGGGAACCAAUGGGAGACGGAAAAAAGAUUAUUUCGCUGGCUGAUAAUAACAUAUUAUUGUGGGAUUUGCAGGAAAGUUCAGACAAAGCUGUGCUCUCUAGUUCUGCAGCCUUGGAAGGGAAAGGACAAUUAAAAUUUACUUCUGGAAGAUGGAGUCCACACCACAAUUGUACUCAGAUUGCAACAGCCAAUGAUACCACUGUUCGAGGAUGGGAUACACGAAGCAUGAGACAGAUAUAUUGCAUAGAAAACGCACAUGGACAGCUGGUACGAGACCUAGACUUUAAUCCCAAUAAGCAAUACUACCUGGCUAGCUGUGGAGAUGACUGCAAGGUGAAAUUCUGGGACACAAGAAAUGUCACGGAGCCAGUGAAGACACUAGAGGAGCAUUCCCACUGGGUCUGGAAUGUCAGGUACAAUCACUCUCAUGAUCAGCUGAUCCUCACAGGAAGCAGUGAUAGCAGAGUUAUCCUGUCUAAUAUGGUGUCCAUUUCUUCUGAACCCUUUGGACAUAUGGUAGAUGAUGAUGAACUAAGUGACCAAGAGGACCAGCAUCAAGAAGAGAAGAUUAAAGAGCCCCUUCAGGACAGUGUAAUAGCAACUUAUGAAGAACAUGAAGACAGUGUUUAUGCAGUUGAAUGGUCCUCAGCAGAUCCGUGGCUUUUUGCCUCUCUAAGUUAUGAUGGAAGACUUGUUAUCAACAGGGUUCCCAGAGCUCUUAAAUAUCACAUACUGUUAUAAUUUAUUUAGAUUAUGAUGAAGGUGUUACCUUGAUGUACACAUUUGGUAUUUUUUUCAGAGUUGUGGUGGUGGGGUGGUUUUUGUUUGUUUGUUUUUUUCCUUUCAGGAUCUAUGUAUUUUGAAGCAUAACGUUAACAUUUUGUUAUUAAUGUCUGUACUAAUAUAGACAAUUUGUCUUUCACAUUUGCCUUGGAAAACUGUGAUGCAUUUUCUGAAGGUUAUGUGAAUUAGGUGAUUUUUUUUU